AACACCAGGAAGCGGAGAGCCGGAAGUGGGGUUAGCAGAGUCUACCCAAGGCUGGGCAAGCGGAGGCCCUGGAGAAGGGGGAGAAAGAAGGCGGAGAAUCCUGAUUUCUCUUCGGACUCCUAGACCCGAAAGUCUUAGCCCCAGAGACAUUAUUAAAGGAAAGGGUGUUUCUCCCUCUUCCCUCUUCUUUCUCCUUGGCCUUAGCCAUGGCUGAGGCAGGACCCGGGCUGAGUGAGACCGUCACCGAGACAACGGUUACCGUGACAACCGAGCCCGAGAACCGGAGCCUCACCAUCAAACUUCGGAAACGGAAACCAGAGAAAAAGGUGGAAUGGACAAGUGACACUGUAGAUAAUGAACACAUGGGACGCCGUUCAUCGAAAUGCUGCUGUAUUUAUGAGAAACCUCGGGCAUUUGGUGAGAGCUCCACAGAAAGUGAGGAGGAAGAAGAGGAAGGCUGUGGUCAUACACACUGUGUGCGGGGCCACCGCAAAGGACGGCGACAUGCAACUCCAGAACCAGCCCCUACCACCCCUCCCAUUCCACCUGACCCUUCCCCGCCCCCUCCAGGGCCCAUGCAGCACUAAAUUCCUUGCUCCCUACCAUUUCUGUGUGUGUCUGGCCCUUAGUUUAUCCAAGUGGCUACUUGAGGACUAAUUCACUCUCUGGACCCCCCCUUCCUUCUACUCUGCCUGAGAGAGAGAAGAGGAAAAGGAGAGUAAACAAGAGAUCCUGGAGUUCUGACUUGCUGCUAUUCCACAACUCUGACUUCCGGGUUUCCCCAGGCUUCGUUUCUUUAAUACCCAUUUUCUCUCCCUAGGGAUUGAGCAAUUUGGGGCCCAGUCUCUUCCCAUUGUUUUUACUACCAAACUGCCUGCCCUUGGGAUCCAGUUAUCUUGGACCCUGUACUCUCAACUUGAGUCCCAAACAUUUUGAUUGCGUUUCCAACAAUCCCAAUCUUCACUGCCAGAGUCCCAGUCAGAUUCUAGGCAAUCUUGCCCAUCAUGCUUUUUAAUCCUGGCUUACAGUGCUUCCAUUAAUGUGUUCAUAGAACCCUAACUUAGUUCUUGCCUGUGCGAUGUGAGGUCUUUGGGGAAACUUCAGGGUUCCUAGCCCUCUGCUUUCCCUCUGCCCAUUCCCUCGUGCCCUCAAGAAUUAGGAGAGAGAAGUCUUUGUCGUUUUCACCUUAAAUGGAAAAAUAAAAUAGUGAUGACCUCUCA